GGGCUCCGGCCGCGCGCCCCCCGCCCCCGCCGCACCCUCGACCUGGCCCUCAGCAUCCUGGGCAACUGCUGCACCGAGGCGGGGAGCCGGGCCCAGGUGCGGGAGCUGGGGGGGAUCCCCUCUCUGGUGAUGAUCCUGAAAGCUCUUGGGGUUGAAAGUAUCCAAAACCGGACAGCACGGGCCCUGGGCAACCUGGCCAUUGAUGCAGAGAACCUGCAGGCUAUCCAUGAUGCUGGUGCAGUGCCUCCCCUGGUGCAGAUCCUUGCCAGCUCCCAGGACAGCGAGUGCCUGCAGAGUGUCAUUCGGGCCCUGCGGAAUCUGGGCGCCACCCCAGCACACCGCUUGGCGCUGGCCCAGCAGGGCGCAGUGCGGGCCAUCUCGGAGCGCCUGGCUGCCAGCCCCGGGCGGCUGGUGGCCCAGGGCCAGUGGGCAGCGCGCGGCGAGGAGGCGGACAGGGAAGAGGAGGGAGAAAGCGAGGACGAGCGGGACGCGGCCUCCUUCGACUUCCCGGCCGAGGGGCGACGGGAGAGCGGGACACCAGGAGGAGAGUCUUCCAGCUUCCAGAGCCUCAGGUCCUGGCUGCUCUCCGAGGGUUACAUUGCCAGUCCCGGUGACCUCUCCCCGCAAUGGUCCCCCGACGGCUCCCUCAGCCCCGUCCUCGAGCUGCAGGACGACCCACCAGGGCCAGGUCCGCCGCCUGCAGGGCUCAGCUUUCCCACUUGCCUGGAUUCUCCGUCACUGGAUCUGGCUGCUGGGGUGCAGCACUUGGCACCCGUGACAGACUCCGAUUCAGCCAUGGGGAGCCAUGGGGCAGAAACCCCUGGAUCAAAGGCAUCUGUUGCAGCACGUUUGGGUCCGGUUGCAGCUGCUGGGCACCAGCCGGCAGAGUUCCUGCCAGCCGCAGCACCGGAAUUGGCCACUGCACACUGUACAGAGGUGCCAAGCCCAGCCAGGAGCAGUGAGCACAGCACAGCCCCUGAGGAGCUGUUGCCCAACCCAAAGUCCACUGGGACCAAGAGAGAGCGUCCAGCGCAGAUUGCGCUGGGAGCUGCUAGUGCCGCCCGCAACCUGCAGGCUCGGGUGCUGCCGUCAGCAACUCUGGGAGAGGAGCUCUCGCCAAACUUCGCUCGGACUGACGGGCCAAAUCCAGCCACCGAAGAGUUGUGCCCAGCCAUGCUGGUACCAUCUGGAUCUGGCUGGCAUGCCAGGGUGCCUUCAGGUGAGCCAGGUCCCGUGUUGGCACCACUAAUUCCUGUAGAGGCUGAGCGGCACGUCACGCCACUGUCUUGUGAGCUGCGCUCGGCAUCACCGAUUCCCAGCGGGUCCGAUCCGGCACCGAGCCCCGUUCCUAAGGAUCUGUGUCAGGUGUCACCGAUUCCCACCCGGUCCGAUCCGGCACCGAGCCCCGUUCCUAAGGAUCUGUGUCAGGUGUCACCGAUUCCCACCCGGUCCGAUCCGGCACCGAGCCCCGUUCCUAAGGAUCUGUGUCAGGUGUCACCGAUUCCCACCCGGUCCGAUCCGGCACCGAGCCCCGUUCCUAAGGAUCUGUGUCAGGUGUCACCGAUUCCCACCCGGUCCGAUCCGGCACCGAGCCCCGUUCCUAAGGAUCUGUGUCAGGUGUCACCGAUUCCCACCCGGUCCGAUCCGGCACCGAGCCCCGUUCCUAAGGAUCUGUGUCAGGUGUCACCGAUUCCCACCCGGUCCGAUCCGGCACCGAGCCCCGUUCCUAAGGAUCUGUGUCAGGUGUCACCGAUUCCCACCCGGUCCGAUCCGGCACCGAGCCCCGUUCCUAAGGAUCUGUGUCAGGUGUCACCGAUUCCCACCCGGUCCGAUCCGGCACCGAGCCCCGUUCCUAAGGAUCUGUGUCAGGUGUCACCGAUUCCCACCCGGUCCGAUCCGGCACCGAGCCCCGUUCCUAAGGAUCUGUGUCAGGUGUCACCGAUUCCCAGUGGGACUGAGCAGCGCCUGUUUGUGUCACCAAUUCCCACUGGGACCAAUCGAUCUGAUCCGGCACCAAGCCCUGCCCCUGAGCAGCUGCGUCUGGUGUCACCGAUUCCCCCCGGGACCAGCCGGUCCGAUCCGGCACUGAGCCCCGUUCCUAAGGAUCUACGUCUGGUGUCACCGAUUCCUGGUGGGACUGAGCAGCGCCUGUUUGGUGAUGACUUUCCGGAGCCCAGGCCCCGGCGUCGGAGCAAAUCACGUCCAUAUUUGGAUGGGGCCACCUCCACGCUGGCUCUGCUCCGUGCUCCUGGUGAGGUCCCAGCCCCACGGUUCUUGCCGUGGGGCGUGGAGGAGGAGUUCUGUGCCCCCCAGGCCCCCGCCCUGCUGCUGCUGUCGCGGUUCUCCCAGGCCGAGGACCCCAGCCGCAGCCUGGUGACGGGCCCUGUGCUGCGGGGGCUGCUGGCCUACGUCACCGGAGCCCCCAGCCCGUCACCGCGCUGCCUGAGGCUGCUGCACCGACUCACCUGCAACCCCGUCUGCCUGGAGGCCUUUGUGCGCUGCUACGCCCCCUCCCUGCUGCGGGCCUGGCUGGUGCUGGGCGUGUCCCCAGAGGAGGCUGCUGCCGCCGCUGUGGGUCACGAGAGACCCAGAGGUCCAGGCAGUGGGCACCAGGACGGCAGGAGGUUCAAGGAGCUGGGUGAGUCCUUUUCCCCGCUGAGCCCCAGUCCUGGGCCAUGGGGGGCCCCUGGCUGCACCCCGGGGGGGGGUGAGUGCCCCAGUCCCGGGCCAUGCUGCGUUAUGGGGCUCCCAGGAUCCCAGCAUGGGAGCAGUCUGUCCCCCUGAGGGACCUGGGGUUUG